AAUUUAAACACAAAUUGUAGUACUUGCAAAGGCAUUGACUGUACUACAGCAUCAAUCAAAUUCAAGCUAGUCACAACAAUAAUGGAGCCCUCCAUCUCGCGUCGACGACGUAUCGACAUCGCUCUCGUGUCGCUGCUGCUGCUCGCCGCCGCCGCCGCCGCCGUCGACGCGGCGACCAUCACCAUGGUGAACCGCUGCUCGUACACGGUGUGGCCGGGCGCGCUCCCGGGCGGCGGCGCCCGGCUCGACCCGGGGCAGUCGUGGUCGAUCAGCGUCGCCGCCGGCACACCGGCCGCCAGGAUCUGGCCGCGCACCGGCUGCUCCUUCGACGGCGCCGGCCGCGGCCGCUGCGCCACGGGCGACUGCGCCGGCGCGCUGUCCUGCGCCGUCUCCGGCGAGCCGCCCACCACGCUGGCCGAGUACACGCUCGGCCGCCCCGGCGCCGGCGGCGACGACUUCCUCGACCUGUCGCUCAUCGACGGGUUCAACGUGCCGGUGAGCUUCCAGCCGGCGAACGGCGGUGGCGCCCGGUGCAGCAAGGGGCGCGGGCCGAGCUGCGCCGUGGACAUCACGGCGAGGUGCCUCCCCGAGCUCCGUGUCCCCGGCGGCUGCGCCAGCGCGUGCGGCAAGUUCGGCGGCGACACCUACUGCUGCCGGGGACGGUUCGAGCACGUGUGCCCGCCGACGAGCUACUCCAUGUUCUUCAAGGGGCUCUGCCCCGACGCCUACAGCUACGCCAAGGACGACCAGACCAGCACCUUCACCUGCCCCGCUGGCACCAACUACCGCGUCGACUUCUGCCCGCCGACGAGCGGCGUGACGGCCGGUGACGAGGACGACGAGAUCGCCUCUGCUUAAUUAAUUAAUUAAGCUUAUCGGCUUAAUUAAUUUCGUGUGCCUUGAUCGAUCACUACUAGUACAAUAAUUGACAUGGCAACGCAUGCACUCGAUGAUCUCUCUUCGAUAAUUUGGAUGAAUAAAAUUCCAUCGAAUUCCCUUUUA